AACGAUUGUUUAGUUUCUACUUACUUUCAGAGUCUCUUUCAUAAAUGGCUUGCUGGAAGUAAUAACAAGUUCUGUUGACAAUUUUUUAUACGUGGAGAUGAUCAUUUUUUAUAUCUCUCUCUCUAAUCGAUCGGCAAUCCACUUGUCAUCGAUACUAUCUCUAUUAGAUAUGUCGAGUAGUAUAGGAAACAGAGAACUUGUAAGAUUAAAAUUUUUGAAACCUUUUACUACUUCUGUGGAAAAAACCAGCCUCUCGAGUCAUUUGAGUGAAAAUCAAGUUCUUGUGAAGACCAAGUUUUCUGGUAUUAGUACAGGAACUGAGCUAUUGUUUUAUCGUGGUCUCGUUCCAGAAUCACUGGAAGCGGACGCGUUAUUCUCACGUGAACCUGUUAGUUAUCCUAUUUCUUAUGGAUAUUCUGUUGUAGGAACAGUUGUGGAAGUCGGCAGCCAAGUAGAUCCUCAUAUAUACAAUCGCCGUGUAUUUUGUUUUUCGCCGCAUCAGAGUUAUGUCACAAGUCAAGUUGACCAAGUCAUCCUUAUUCCAGAUGAUAUAGAGUUUGAAGAUGCCAUCUUUCUGCCUUGGAUGGAGACAGCUAUUUGCCUUGCUCAUGAUGGUGCUCCCUUAAUAGGCGACUGUGCAGUGGUUUUUGGACAAGGUGUUGUUGGACUGCUUUUAGCUGCUCUGCUUUGUUCUUUUCCCCUGACAAGCUUGAAUAUUGUGGAGAAAGGAGCUUACCGACUCGAAGUUUCUCGUUCGUUUGUGAAAAAUGCUCAAUUCUACUCGCCUACACAAGUCGAAGAGAGUGGCUUUUUGUUGGGUGAAAACAAUAAGGAAGGUCAGAAAGCUGAUGUGACUUUUGAGGUUUCUGGCAGUGCUGAAGCCUUGAAUCAAGCUAUCAUGUGUACUCGAUAUGAUGGUAGAGUAGUCAUUGGAUCGUGGUUUGCUAAACAAAAUAUUUCUUUACCAGCAAUUGGAGGUUAUUUUCAUAGAAAUCAUCUGACUUUUAUCUCUUCACAAGUUAGUUUUAUUCCACCUCAUCUUUCGGGUCGAUGGGACAAGCAACGGAGAUUUGCAGUUGCCUGGAAUCACAUUAGGCAAUUACAGCCAUCUCAGUUGAUUAGUAAAAUUGUGAAAAUAGAUGAAUCCUGUGCAAUAUAUAAACAAAUAGAUGCAGAUCCUGAUAGUGCUGUUCAAAUAUUGUUUUCAUAUGACUAGAAAGGAUCAUUUCCAUUGUGUUUUUAUUGAAGGAAUGUUGUCCAUCUUAAUCCAAUGUAUUUCUACUUUCUUAUCUAUGGUUUGAAUUUUAUGAACUUGGACUUCUAAUACUUUGCCUAUCUGAAUGGCGAGACGAACUGUUACAAAUACAUACAUGAUUGGCAUGAAGUAUUUGUAUGUCCUUACUCAUAUUAUGAAAGUUUCCAUGCUUUGUUGUGUUUUCAAAAUAAUAUAUUUGCUUCUCUGGCAGAAUGUUCUGUGCUCCUUCAUUCUGUGACUCGUGGUUAUAAACUUUGUUCUUUUUCAGCUGCGUGAUAGAGUUGGGACCAGUAAGACUAUAUAUUUUUCUCCUAAAAGUAUUUUCAAUGACUGAAGACUAUAAAACUACAUCCUCACUU